GGUCCCAGCGCCUUCCCGGCCUCCCGGCCUCCCUGACCUCCCCCUCCGGCGCUCUCGCGCUCACUGCGCUCCUCCGGCGCCUCUCCGCCCGCGCUCCCAGCCAUGGUGGUCUGGCGCUCGGCUUUCCUCAUCUGCCUCGCUUUCUCCUUGGCCUCUCUGGUCCAAAGAGGAUCUGGGGACUCUGAUUUUCGUCUGGAGGAUGCGUUGAAAGAAACUUCCUCAGUAAAGCCACGAUGGGACCAUGGCACCACAACGAAGAGGCCAGGGACAACCAGAGCUCCGCCAAAGCCUGCAGAAGACGACUUUGAUUUGGCUGACGCCCUGGAUGACCGGAACGAUCGAGACGACGGCCGCAGGAAACCGAGCGCUGGGGGAGGGGGUUUUUCAGACAAGGAUCUUGAAGACAUAUUAGGCGGUGGUGAAUACAAACCUGACAAAGGUGAUGGGCGGUAUGGCAGUGACGACUCAGAAUCUGGAGUGUCGGCCGAGGCUGGCACCAUCGCGGGUGUGGCCAGUGCCCUAGCCAUGGCCCUGAUCGGCGCAGUCUCCAGCUACAUCUCCUACCAGCAGAAGAAGUUCUGCUUCAGCAUCCAGCAUGCAGCAGAAGGUCAAGAGGGUCUGAGUGCAGACUACGUGAAGGGAGAGAACCUGGAAGCCGUUGUGUGUGAGGAACCCCAAGUGAAAUACUUGACGCUGCAGACGCAGGCUGCCGAGCCGCCGCCCCCCGAUGCGCCCCGGAUCUGAGGGCCACUGCUCGUGACCAGCUCCUCAUUUCCCUGUGACCCGCGGCUGCCCUGCUGCUUCUCUGACGUCAUCGCUUCUCCUUCUAACUCCAGAUGAGCUCGGGGGUGUGUGUGUGUGGUGUGUGUGUCGCAUCCGAGCCCCGGCGGCGGAAAGCCGGCACCGGCCUCGGAGCCGCUGGGUCACCGCACCCCCAAAGCCGGCCUGGCCUGGCCUGCAUGAGCUGGGGCUGUGGUGCCGAGACGGCGGGGACACGUGGACUCUGAUGUGGGUCCUGGCAGGGACCUCAGCUAGCGCCUGGUUCGCUUGCAGCCCCUGCAAGGAGCGAAUGAGUGAGCAUCAGGUCAACAUGUACACAACACACACACACACAAACACACAAACACACUCUCCCUCUCACACGCACACCACCAGCUUUUGCACUGCCGGCCUUCCGGAGAGCUGGUGCACGCGGUGGUUUUCUGUUAUUGAAGUGCAAGCGUGCAUGCGUUGAUAGUCCCGUCCUGAGAGCUUAGGAACCUUCUGGACGAGUAGGAGGCUGGGACUCUGGGGCCCGGUUCGCCUGACUCCAUAGGGGCCUGGGGGUGGCCUCCCGGCUGCCAUGAUUAGCUUUUAGGAACGCGCAUCCCCCUUCCACCCUGUACAGGUGCCUCUUAUGGUAGCGGAAGCUACAGACGGAAAGAACAAGUGGCAGAGCCCGAAGCACGCGUGUUUUUUGCUUAAACCUGUAUUGGAGGUGGGAGCGGGGAUGGGGAAGGGGACGGGGUCGUUUGCUGGGUUUAUGAAACACACCUGGCUCCGGGUGUCUAGAAGGCUGACUCUGCCUGUCAUGUUCAGAGACAAAGCCCUUGGGCUGCCACGGUCACUGUGGUAAACACCAGAACCCAGAGACUGGCCCCUCACCUGGCCCGGAGCGGUCCGGUUUGGGCUAGCCGCCCGGAACGGCCUGUCUGGCCCACGUGUGGUCCUGUCCCUGGGCGCUCUGCCAUCUGAGGCUGAGCCAAAGUCUAGAGCCACUGUCUACCGAUGACCAGUUUGCGGAGCCCAGAAGCACUUCCGGAAGCAGAAGUCAGCGGGAAGCCAGGGUCCGACUGACUCGACCCCACGUCCCCUCUGCAUGGCACCCGGGCUGGGCGUCCGCUAAGCUGGGACGAGGCAAGCCAGGCUUCCAAAGGGAACGGUCGGAACUGGAACAGAGCCCACAGGCUGGAGACUCGUGUUCGCGGCGCUCUGAGGAGCCUAGUCGGGCGGUGGGGGGGUGGGGGGUGUCCCUGGCUGCCCUUGAGCUCCUUCCCGCUGCCGCCGCCCAGAUGGGUCCCUUCCCCGGCGGGGGGCUCGGCCGACGCAACCAGGACCAUGUGUCCGCCGGGCAGGUGUGGGGCACUGACGAGAGCCCUCUGCGAGUUGUCAGCUCGGCCAGGCUGGUCCCUGUCACCGAGGACGGCGAGGACUGAUGGCCCCAGCCCUGGCUCGUGCUGGCCGCGCUGAAGGAUGGUUGUAGCCAUGGACCGUUGCCACCCAGUGUCCUUGGUAACAGGAGCUGGGGGAGGGUCCGGACAGCCUUGGCAGCUCCUGGGGUGCAGUUGGCUUCCCCCCAAGGUCCCCGGGGCAUCUCAAAGGAGGAAAAACCAGGCCACACUCGUGGGUGGCGAAUGACUUCUCCCUGCCACGGGCGGGUUAGAGGAGGCCCAGCCACGGUGGCAGCCAGGCUGAGGAGUGACGUGGCCCAUGCGGUGCUCAGCACGGCCAGGCGUGGCAGGGCGGUGGCUAGAACUAUGGAGCUAGGAGCCCUGAGGUGGGGCGUGCCCCCGGCCCCCCAGCUGUCCCGCCGAGCUUGACAGGGAGGCUCCCGUGGUGGGGGGACCCCGAGCUCCUGCAGCUCUGAUGUACAUUUUCUCAGUGGUGGGGAUCGAAGAGAACCCUUGGGCUCUGGAGACUGCAGCCCAGCAGCCUGACCUCCUAGUGACGGGACGGGCCGAGGUCCCUCCGCCACCCAUUCGCAGAGCGCUGGUCCCCGGGGCUGGUGGGCAGGGACGCCUACAGAAGCCUAGGCUCUAGCACCUGCGUCUGUCAGGCUACCGGGCCUGUCCCAGACGAUAGGGAGGGUGGAGCAAACCAGAAGGGCCAGUUGAGAAUCUCUGGUCUACAGCCGCGCCCCUAGGGGGCUGAGCCCGUGCAGGGAACUCCGCACAGGAGGGAGGGAGCAUGGCAGCGGGGGUGGGGGGCACCCUCCUGGAGUGGGACCCAGAGAACAGUGCCAGGCCCGCCCGUUGGGUGCCUGACUGGGAAGUGCUCUGCCCCUUGUCUGAGAAAGAAGUGUUGACUGAUCUCAGAAGGCCUGUACUUUUUCUGUGCUUGUGUUUAAAUGUGAAUUGUGAACUGUCUCGUGUUUGCAUUAAAGGAAAUGGAACCUAA